AUGGCAGAUGAUGAAUCGCGUAACGUCAUCUCGACCCGACAGCAGGCAACAACGGUGCAAGACCUACGAGAUAAUCGUUUAGCCGACGGCUCCAAGAAGUGCUACCGCGGUGGACUGCGGCAUAUUGUUGCGUGGCUGCGUGUAGCAGGUCGAACCGGUUCAAUAAACCCAGACGGAUCUAUCAACCUUGACGUCUUCACUUAUGAAGACUUCACAGAGUUUGUACUGCACAACGUGACCGCUUUGGUCGUAGCCUCAGUCAGCUCGUUGGUUCUUCUCUGCCUGUCAAUCAACACGAUUGGAACCCACUCCUUGAGAAAAGUAGCAGCUACUUACGCUAUUGCUGGCAGUACGUCGGGGCCUUCAAUCUUCAACGUUUGCAUCAGGUGUGGCUGGUCAAUCGGCAGCGUGGUUGAGCGGUACGUGCAUUACGAUGGCGCAGGGGAUCAAUACGUUGGGCGCGUUGGGGCUGGACUUCCUCUGGGCAGUGGUGACUUUGCGGUGCUGCCUCCUCACUUCAUUGUUGGCAGCGAUGAUGCCGUGAGUGCCUCCGGCCAACUGGUAUUUCCGCGACUGUGGCGCCAUGAAGAACUACGAGGAGUCUUGAAGAGCUGUCUGGCAUCAUUGAUCUACCACAAGACGUUCCUCGAGAAUGCUUUCCAUCGAAUCACCCCUUGCUGUCCAGUGUUCUUUUUUUUGGGGACCCAUUGA